AGUGUGUCUAACACACUUAUUCUUCACCAAAAAAUAAAACGAACUUCUCUCCUACGUACACACAUCUUCCUCUUCUUCCUUUUCUCUUAUUCUUCUAUCACGAUCCCUACCAUGGCAUCCAGCCAAUCAUCUCUAAACCAACCAAAAUUCACUGCUGGUGAUCUAGAGCAGCAAACAGCCCAACUAGAUCUCGAAACCGAAGAGUUCGACUACUCGAAACGCUCUCAGUGGCUGCGAGCCGCCGUACUUGGCGCCAACGACGGCCUAGUCUCAACCGCGUCGCUAAUGAUGGGCGUGGGAGCUGUGAAACAAGACAUUAAAGUCAUGAUUCUCACAGGAUUCGCGGGGCUCGUGGCUGGAGCUUGCAGCAUGGCGAUUGGUGAGUUUGUGUCUGUUUACUCGCAGCUCGAUAUAGAGCUUGCGCAGAUAAGAAGAGAGAAAAUGAAGCGAGAAAAUGGUGCGGUUGCAGUUAUAGCUGCACUGGACGAUGAGAAAGAUGAAAAAGAUGGCUUGCCAAACCCGCUGCAAGCAGCCGCAGCUUCAGCGCUCGCGUUCUCUGUGGGCGCCAUGGUGCCGCUGCUUGCAGCCUCCUUCAUAAAAGAUUAUAAAGUGAGGUUGUGGGCCGUAGUGGCUGCCGUGAGCUUGGCUUUGGCCGUGUUCGGUUGGCUGGGAGCGGUUCUAGGGAAGGCUCCAACGGUUAAGUCGGCGGCCAGGGUUUUGAUCGGAGGUUGGCUGGCCAUGGCUGUCACCUUUGGGUUAACCAAGUUAAUUGGUUCAAGUGGUCUGUAGAUGGUUUUGGCACUCACCGUUUUAGAAAAAUAUACUUAAUAUCACUCCUAAUACUACUAGUGAUCGUCAAUAUCACUAGCUUUUCAACUAAUCACAACUUGACACGUGUCACAAAAUUUUGUUGUUAGUUGAGAGGUUGCAUAUAUAACUAUAAUAUAUAUUAUUUAUAUGUAUCAUCGGUCCAAAUUAAUGUUUAUUAUUGAUUCUCUUUUUGGACCACUGUACUACUAUUAUAAUUUCCUUUUUCUUUUAUUUACUUCUGUUUGCUUUUUUUUUUUUCCUUUUCUUUUUGGAUAAAGGAUAUAUAUAAUAUUAAUAUGUACCUAUUUGUAACUUUCAUUAAAAAGAGAUGAGAAAAGGGAAAGACGACUAUAUAUGUAGGAAGUUGUCAUGUCGAUGCGUUUGGCCAUAAGUUUGGCUUUUUUUUUUUUUGUAAUAUAUUUCUUUUGUGUAUCAAGCUUAUUAACUCCAAUAAUAAUAACGAUCAAGAUUCAAGAGAAUCUAUUGAUUUAUGUA